CCAGAUAGGGCCUAAAUAUGAAUCUAUAAAAAAAUCAAGAUUAUGUCCACAAAUAAUACAAAAUGACUAUUGAUAAAGUAACCAUUCAAAAUGUAGAAGAAUAUGUGUACUUGGGCCACACCAUUAAACUGGGCAAGUAAAACCAGUGGAGAUUGCGAGAUAGCAGCAUUUGACAAGCUGAGAUAUAUCAUCAGAGAUCCCAAAAUCCCCAUAAACCUUAAACGAAAAGUAUAUGAGACAUAUACUUGACAAUAUACCGCCUUGAAACUAUGACGCUGACCCAACACAGGGCAAAUUCGCUCAAGGUAUAUCAAAGAACAAUGGAAAGAUCAGUGCUGGGAAUCAGUCUUAGAGACAAAGUGAGAAAUAAUAUCAUAAGAUCGAAGAUAGGUGUCGCCGACGUCGUUGGACAAGUAGCGACGAUGAAGUGGAGAUGGGCGGACCAUGUGUAAGGAUGAGAGAUGGAAUAAACGUCUAUUAUGUUGGAGACCGAGGGCGUUGACGAGGAGCGUGGGCUGGCCGCAGUCGCGAUGGCACGAUGACAUUAGAAGGCACGCGGGGUCAAAUUGGAUGCGGGUCGCACGGGAAAGGGAGACAUGGAGAAAAAUGGAAGAGGCCUGUGUCCAGGAAUGUAAAAAGUUGAGAAGAAGAAGAAAAGAAAGAGAGUUGAUUAUACCUUUGGGGGCGUCCAAUAUAUCAGUAGUUUCGAAUUUCAUGAGGCGUCUAAUUGUUACGCUACUACAACGAAGAGAAUUAGUUAUAUCAGAGCCGUUGGCUCGUUUCGAGCAGGAUGAGAAUACUACAAGUGUUUGGAUUUUUCGUAAUCCUUUGGCAUGGUCAAUUUGCUUUUAGGAUGAAGGAAACAGAAGAUAUUAUAACACGAGGAUGCAAAAAAUUAGAAAAUACAACCCCUCUAUUGCGUCUUAAAAAAUAUCUUUUUUGCGAUUAUGAUAGCACUGUCCGUCCAAAUCAUCAUAAAGUAGUUACCAAUAUAACUCUCAGGCUGAUGCCGAAAAUGAUGGAAUUCACCGAGGGCGGUGUACUGACACUUCACAGCUGGAUGUCAUUUUUUUGGACGGACGCAUUUCUAACUUGGACACCGAGUAGUUAUAAUGGACUUACUUAUAUUCACGUGCAGCCCUUCUAUCUUUGGAUGCCUGAUAUUUAUGUCUACAAUUCUGGCGAUAUGACAAGUAACGAUUACGAGACAAUUUUCAAUACGGAAUGUUUGGUCUUUAAUAAUGGUUCUGUCAUUUGCGUGCCACCUUUAAAAAUUGUAUCAAAAUGCGAUCCCGAUUAUACUUAUUGGCCUUAUGAUCAGCACACAUGUCUUAUAACACUCGGUUCAUGGUCGCAUAUAGGAGAAGAAAUGGAUGUCCAUCUAGACGGAACCGGAGUUGACAUGAACGGUUAUGAAAAUAAUACACAGUGGGACAUGAAACUUUUAAAUGCAGAAAAAGUCGUUAAAAAGUAUAAAUGUUGUCCGAACGAUACUUUUCCUAGAAUUGAUUACACAUUUUUACUAACUCGGCACUACAGCAUACAUUAUAGAGCUUAUAUUGCGCCAGCUAUCGCUUUGAUAUUCCUCACCUUAACGGUGCUCUGGUUGGAUUCAAGAUCGGUUGAACGAGUAGCGAUGGCGAGUAUAAAUUUUAUUUGUCACCUACUCUGCAUAUUCGAUUUGUACUGGAUGGUGCCAUUCAAUGGCGUUAAUUCUCCUUAUAUAAUGCUGUUCUACCGCGACUCCUUGAUGUUGGCCACUUUUGCGUUAAUUCUGACAGCAUUGUUACGUAAACUGCAAAACAUGAGCAUGGAGAUGCCAAGUUGGAUAUCUUCUACGACGACAUUCAUUUUGAGCAACAAGGCUGGUCGAUUUCUGGUCCUGAACGACGAGGAAUCCAAGAUAGCAGAUGGAGGUAUAGUGACUGAAGACAACUCGGAUACUCCAAAGUCCGAAAUGAAGAAAGAAUCCUGGAGACAUUUCACCGCUAUUAUUGAAUGGUUGUCAUUCUUUUGUGUGAUCCUCACCUAUGUCAUCAUCUUAAUCACUCUUGUACUUUCAGGAGUUACGAAUUUCUAUCUGAAGCCACAAUUCUUUGAAUACACUCACGAAAGUGAAAUGUUCGUGUUGCAUACGUGGAUGUCAAUGAUGUGGAAUGAUUCGCAUUUGACAUGGGAUCCUGCACAAUACGAUAACAUUAAAUGGAUACCUGUAAUAGGCUAUCAAAUUUGGAUUCCCGACGUUUUGAUGCAUAAUGGACAAUUUGGAGAAAGCUCAUUGAAUAAUGAACGUUCAAAAUGUUGGGUCUCGAAACAAGGAACAGUUAGAUGGUUUGUGGCAGCAAAAUAUACCGCAAGUUGUUUCACAGAUUAUACGUGGUGGCCGUACAAUACCUUAAAUUGUACUAUACAAUUCGGAUCGUGGUCCCAUUCUGGUGAUGAGAUCGAGCUUGUUUCUAACCAGAAUUUGUCAAAUAUAGAAAUAAAACAUACCGAGUGGAAUUUAGAGAAAAUUUAUAUAACAAAAUGGGAAAAUAGAUAUAAGUACAAUUCGGAUUCGACCAUCAAAAUGAUUUCUUUUCACUUUAUUCUGAGGAGUCAUUCGGGCAUAAUUCGCAUUGUAUUUUUAUCACCUGCUAUAGUACUAAUGGUGAUGACUCUGAUGACACUGUGGUUAGAACCGAAAUCUUUCGAGCGAAUGGUAAUUGCUAAUCUUAAUUUUAUUUGUCAUUUAUUAUGUAUACAUGGCGUGCAUUGGGAAGUACCAAAAAGUGGCUUUAACAUUCCCAAAAUACUUUUCUUUUAUGAGAGCUCUCUUGGUAUUGCAACGUUUACUCUCAUUGUCACCAGUAUCUUGCGGCAUCUGCAAGAAUUGACUACUGAGCCACCCAUGUGGAUCUCAACCAUCACGAUAUCCAUUUUGCGCAGUCGAGUUGGACAAAUUCUUCUAGUUAGCAUUCUAGACCCAGCCGUGACAGCCAAAAUAGAAGCAGAUAUGGACGAUAAUACCGAUCUCGUGCAAUCGAAUAACAAAAGAUCACCAUGGAAAUAUAUUAUAGUGCUCAUAGGAUGGUUAGCGUUCCUAAGCGUAUUUCUCGCUUAUAUUGUACUGUUGAGUACAUGUUUCCCUACGUAUACCAUAUAA